AUGGUCCGAUCUGUGGCUGCGGCGAUGGCGAGCGCUACCGAGUCUGUCACCGCAUCCGAGUCACUCUGCCUCGUCCGCAAUCUCCUCCGCUGCUCGAUCUCCACCAUUGCCUACCUCCGCUCGCUCUUUCCGGAGCACUGCUUCUACGACCGAACGCUCAAUGGGCUGCGGAUCAAGUCGCUCAAGCCGUCGACUGAUGAGGCUCAGGAACUGUGCAACUGGCUGGAGCAGGGCGUGUUUCCGGCGCUCAAGCUCGGCUACAUCGAUCACAUCAUCCUCGGCGUCUACGAGGCCGCCUCGGACGAGCUCGUUGAGUCGUACCACUUUCAGGUCCAGUACCCAUCGGGCCCCGACGGGCUGCCGCGAUACGACGCCGCGACGCCCGCACCCGCCACAGACCAAAAAGAGAUCAAGUUCUCCACCAUCACCAUGAUGCGGACGCUGACGCUGCUGUGCCAGACUCUGCAGCCGCUCGUCGUCGACCGUUACAUCAUGAUGCGGGUCAUCUACUCGGACACCGCGCCGCCCGACUACGAGCCGCUCUUCUUCCAGCCGGCUCCGGCCAACGAGCCCAUGUUCUUCACCCGCAAGCCGCUCGAGUUUGCCGUCGGCUCGGUCCGGACCCAUCACCAUGUCUACGACAUGGGCAUGCGGACGGUGCUCGACGGGCUUGCUGACGACGAAGCCUCCCCGCCAGUGGCGCCGGCCAAGCUCGGCGUCUUUCCAGCUGACGUUCCGCUUGGCGCUUCGGCGCCGUCGCCAUCACCAUCACCGUUGCCGCAGCCGCCACGGCCUCGCCCCAGUCCCGAGUCGGAGCGCGACGAGCUGUCGUCGCUCGAGGCCGACACUCGCCGGCUCGAGCGCGAGAACGCGGCGCUGGAGGCCGAGCUCGCCCGUCUCGACGACGCCGCCCGCACAGCUGGCCCACGCAUUGUUGGCGGCUCCAAGCGGGUCACGCCGCCGCCGCCCACCCCGCCGGGUGCCGACACAGCGUCGGACAACCCGCGCAGCGACGCCCAGCUCGCCGCAGCCGUCGCGUUCCUUGCUGCAGAGCUACGCGCAGGCAGCGACCAUGUCUCGCGGCGCGUGCUGCAAGACCAUCUCGGCUUGCGGACCAAGGACCAAGGACUGGCCGUCAUGCACAACCUACGCGACCUUGAUCUCGUCGCUUACUCGCCAAGCGUCGGCCGUUGGAUGCUGCAGGCAGCGCCCAUCGCGGCAGCAGCGGGCAAAGUCAACUCGCCGCGCCGCCGCUUGCGCAAGCGGCGGCGGGCCAAAGGCAACUCCAGGUCACUACACCCAAGCUCGGGCUCGGGCUUGGGGACGGGAUCUGGCUCUGGCUCGGGUUCGAGUCCGGGCUCACCCAAGCGGCGCAGAACCAGUCUGCGGUCGGGUUUGCGGUCGGGAUCCGGGUUGGGCUCGAGGCUGGAGUCACGGUCGGGCUCGGGAUCUGGGUCUGGAUCUGGGUCGCGCUCGCAGUCAGAGUCGCCGCCGCGAGCGUCGUCGCCGUCACCGUUGCCGCGUGGCGACCCUCUCCGCUCAGUCUCACAGCCCGUCUUGGGCAAGAACGCGGCGGCGGCAGCAGCGGCGGCAACACGGCCACGGCCGCGCGCCUCGGUCGUCAAGCACGUCUUGCGGGUCACGUCGGGCACGGCUCCGCAGCCGGUGAGCCAGCUUCGGUCGUCGGCGUCGCCGGCUUCGCCGUUGUCGCCGCUACAUCGUUAA